ACAACAAUAGAAUUUCUAUUGUUUCAACUGUGGUGUUAAUUACAUAAAACACGACUUUACGGCGAAAUAAAGAAGUGACUCUAUACGGACUCCCUCAAAGGCAUAAUUAUUUUGGUUAUUGUUCAUUCGGUUAUCUGAAAUAAUCUCAAUACCUGAUAACUGCCUGUUAUCGAUGCCAAUAACGUUAACUAACAACGUUUUUCAACUUUUCAGUUACGUUUCGCUAUAGCGGACACAUGUUUAUUAAGUGUAUCUAAUUAUCUAUGAUGUUUAUUUAAAAAAAAGUCGACAAGAUACAACACGUAGUGUUACAUACUCUUUGGAUACAAGCUCUUAUUUACCUACCAAAUAAAAUUUAAUAAACAUAUGUGAAUAACUUACUUGUUACAUUAACAUUUAAUCCAUUAAUUAACAAUUAACAUACAAUGAAGAGUGUUUUAGUGUAUCUAAAUAAUGUUCAAACACAUUUAAUAACUUACGGAGACCCGUUUCAAAAUAAUCGAACGGAUGUCAUUAUCUGUAUUUCUGGAAAUCCUGGAGUACCAGAUUUUUAUAUUGAAUUUGCUUCUUAUCUACACACAAACACUGGAUUACCAGUAUGUGUAAUAGGACAAGCUGGACAUGAGAAAAUGCCAGAUCAAAAGUCCAACCAAUUACAGGGUCAGGAACAUUUAUUCAAUUUGGAAGGUCAAGUGCUUCAUAAGUUGGACCUUAUCCACAAUCACAUUGAAAAGAAAAGUAAAAUUCAUCUAAUAGGACAUUCUAUUGGAUGUUGGAUGAUUUUAGAAAUGUUGCAGAAGGAUGAACUCAUAUUACAAAGAUUGUCAUCUGUGAAUUUGCUGUUUCCUACACUACAAAAAAUGUCUGAAUCAAAAAAUGGCAAAUUAUUGAAUAACAUUUUACGUCCUCUGCAUUAUUUCAUUUUAUUGUUAUUCAUAAUAGUUUAUUACUUGCCUGAAAGCAUUCGCACAUAUUUGGCCUUCUCUUACUUAAAGUUAAAUUCAUUACCCAAACAUUUUAGUUCAAGAAUAUUAAAAUUAUGUAAUCCACGUGUUGGUGAGAAAAUAUUGCAUUUAGCUUACAAUGAAAUGGAUAAGGUAAACUUAUUGAACUUUGCAAUGAUUGAUAAAAUUAAGCACUUGACGAGGAUAAUAUACAAUAAUAGAGAUAAUUGGGUACCACCACAUUGCAUGAAUGAUUUAAUGCAAUAUCAGCCUCUAAUAGCCAUGAAAGAAGUAGACAUUGAGCAUUCAUUUGUUCUAAAAUCCUCCGAAGAAGUUGCAGAAAUGGCUAUUGAUUUCAUAACUUCUAAAAUGUAAGACUGGCAACAUACACAA